CGUGCCUAGCCCGGGACCGAGCCGCAGCCAGGGAUGUGCAAGAUCAUGAGCAAAGCCGCGAGAUGGAAGGAUUAAGAGGAGACGGGGGCGGCGGCGCCUCCAGCCAGUGCCGCAAUUUUCUCUCGUCGCCCGUGUUCGGGGCGGCUCACUCGGGCCGCUCGGCGGCCGCCCCGGGGUUCGCGUACGCUGGGGGCCCGGAGCGCUCGGGAUCCGCGGCCCGCUCCGAUCCGCCCUCCAAAGAGUGCCCGGGCUCCGCCGCUCCGCCGGCCGGCCCGGCGCUGGGCUACGGCUAUCACUUUGGCAAUGGAUAUUACAGCUGUCGGAUGUCCCACGGGGUCGGGAUUCAGCAGAACGCCCUGAAGUCUUCCCCCCAUGCCUCCAUUGGCGGCUUUCCCGUGGAAAAGUAUAUGGACGUCUCCAGUUUGGCCAGCACAAGCGUCCCCGCCAAUGAAGUCUCCUCCCGGGCCAAGGAAGUGUCCUUUUACCAGGGCUAUACCAACCCUUACCAGCACGUUCCCGGGUACAUAGACAUGGUCUCCACGUUCGGCUCCGGGGAGCCGAGGCACGAAACAUACAUCUCGAUGGAGGGCUAUCAGUCUUGGACUCUGGCUAAUGGCUGGAACAGUCAGGUUUACUGUGCAAAAGACCAGGCCCAGAGCUCACAUUUUUGGAAAUCGUCCUUUCCAGGGGACGUUGCACUAAACCAGCCAGAUAUGUGUGUCUACAGACGUGGAAGAAAGAAGCGAGUGCCAUAUACCAAACUGCAACUUAAAGAACUCGAGAAUGAAUAUGCCAUUAACAAGUUCAUUAACAAGGACAAGAGGCGAAGGAUAUCCGCAGCCACAAACCUGUCUGAGAGACAAGUUACCAUUUGGUUUCAGAAUAGAAGGGUGAAGGAUAAGAAAAUAGUCUCAAAGCUGAAGGACAAUGUAUCUUGAUCUAUUGGUUGUGGACAGU